GCAGCUGGCCGGGGGCCGGUACAGCGGAGUGCCCGGGGCAGGGGAGCAGGGUCCGGGAGCGGCGAGGGAGGCCCGGAGCAGGCCUGGCCGGGAGCGGCGCGGGGCCCGGGGCCGUUACCGCAGCCUCCGCCCCCCACCCGCGGCGCCGCAGCCGGUUGCCAGGCAACGGGCCCGCGCCUUCCGCUUCCGGGGCAGCCGGGCCGCGCCGCGCCGCCGCCAUGGGGCGGAAGAAGAAGACGCUGCAUGACUACGCGGCCGAGUUCUCGGAGCUGGCGGUGAAGCGGCACCUGCUGGAGCGCGGCGCGGCGGGGGAGGCGGCGGCGGUGGUGGAGACGCUGUACUGCACCCCCUGCCAGCUGCCCAUGCGGGUGCGCCGCGACCGCAUCCUGGAGCACCUCUCCUCCGGCCGCCACUACCGCAACCGCCGCCUGCUCCGCCAGCACGGCCUGCGCGCCCCGCUGCUGCUCUCUGCAGGUCCAGACAUUGGCACCAGCCUGCCCCUGCAGCUCGACGCGCCCUCACUGCUCAUCCAGCCGUCCUUCAUCCUCGCCGCCAGUGCUGGCACCAGCACCAGCUACGGCAUGGACCCCUCUCCACCCUCCUACCACAAGCCGCUGGUUCCCCAGCACCCCAUCACCGCCAGCUCCCCAGCAAGUGUGGCUACCCCCAGGGAAGACCCAACGCCUUCCACCUCUGCCAGGCACCCCUCGGCACUUGCCACCUCCCACACGAGGAUCGUGCCCACCCCGUCGACAGCCGAGGCUUCCAACGGCGCGAUGCCCGCCUUAGGGCAUGGCAGUGACAGCAACAGUGUCGGCCUUGCCCUUUUUGGCAUUGGGCUCAUUAAUAAAGGCUUGUUUCAAAGCCUGAUGGAGGAAAACGGCUGCUGCUUGCUUUACGUUGUGGCGGAUCAGCUGGAGGAGGUGGAGCGUGCCUUCGGUGCUGAGUUCCUGGCCGUCACCAUGGUGCUGCGGCAGCAGGAUGCUGAUGUCGCACUCAACGAUCAGCGAGUCUCUGGAGCCAUUAUUUGUUCACCACCUGAAGAAGCCUCCAAGAUUGUAAUCGAUGCUUUACGAGCGGGAAAAGGUGUGUUUUGCGAGAGCCUGCCCAGUUUUGACAGGCAGACGGCAGAAGCUUGUUUUGAUGAAGCUGACAGAUGUGGAAGACCGUUGGUGUGCGGAUUCUACAAGCGCUUUGACCCGGCGCUGCAGUUCUUGUACCAGAAAGUUCGCGACAGCCAGGCGCUGGGGAGGAUUCACCGGAUAUCGACCAUCAGCAGCAUAUAUCCAGCAGCGUCCCCGAGCUUCCUGAAAGCAUCAGGUGGAAUUUUUUACAAUGCUGCUGUACACGAUAUAGAUAUUAUCAGUUUGUUGUUGGGAGAGAGCGCGCUGGAUACAAUAUUUUCACUGGGGCAUGCGUUCUGCGCAGAUAUGGCCUGCUUGAAGGAUGCAGACACUGUAGCCGUCAGCAUGAAGUUUCCUAGCGGAGCAAUUGUUACUUUGGACAUCAGUCAGCACUGCACCAGAAGCUGUGAUCACAGACUAGAGGUUCACGGUUCUCGAGGGACGCUACGAGUAGAUAAUCAGAAUCCCCUGGGGAUUACGGAGCAUGGCACUUCCGUGUCCAUUUAUUCACAGACCCAAGCUGAUCGCUACAGGGAUGCGCACAGGGAGCUCUUCCGACACUUUCUGAGAACCCUGAAAGGCAAGGAGCCCCCAGCGAUCACCAAAGAGCAGUUUCUGUGGACGAUUCAGGUCGCUGCAGCUGCUGAACAGUCCUGGAGAAACGGAUCUGCUGUUGACUUGCGCAACAAAGCAAUAGAUUCAUGCGUGAUCAAGACUGAGAUAGUGUGACACACAGCGCUGUUUUCUGAGGUGAAGGAUAACCGUUAAGCUGUGCUACAGGGAGGUCUUUCCACCUAGCAAUGGAUGUCUCUACUGUAACCUUAAAAUAAGACCUGCGGUUUUAACCUUUCCGCUGGGAAUCCCAGAAGACGGAAGAAUUUUUGAACCAGAAGUGCUCGGUGCUGAGGCUUGUGUGUCUUUUGUUGUGCAUCAGCCAGAGCCCUCGAGAAAUUCUGGGUAGUUUCAUCCAGGCAGCUUUUCCUCCUGGAGAGUUCUGCUGGUCGUGAAAUUCUCUUUUCCUGGGAGAAGACGGCUGCUCCUCAGGCUGUGGUAAGGUGGUGUAGGCCACCACCAGCCGUGAUGGGAACGGUGCAAGUGGGUGGCUUCCCUGGCAGCUUUGCAAGCAAGAUGACAUAAUGCUCCAAAAAAAUAUGGGAGGAUCAGUCUGGUCCGUGCUCUUCUCCUUCCAGUAUAUACAGGAAUGUGACUUCUGUGCUGAACUUGCCUCUGGGCCUUGUAUAUAUUGCUUUUUCGGUUGUUUUUACCGGGUUUUCUAAAACAUUUUGAAAAUAAGUUGUGAUCUAAUUUUCUGGGGAGGGGGAAGGAAGUAAUAAAGCAGGGAGGGAGACCUGUGGCUGCCCUGAUGUUAGAUGAGAGUCUUCGUAGUGAGGCCUUAAACAAGGCUGCUCUGGGGGAGCAACACACUUGGGCAUUUCGGUAGCAAACACUGCGCUGUGAAAGGCUUGUGUCAGAGCGUAAUCUGUGAGUAUGUACGGGGGCCCUGUACAACGUCUGCGACCAAGACGUGCGGCCGCCGGGCGGGUUAUUCAAGGCUUAGCGUUGUCUGGAUCACUCGCUGCAGCAGCAUGGGAGCGAUCUGCAGGCAGCUCUUUGCCUUGCUUAAAUGCAGGAGUUGUACGGUUACAUUUUUGUAGCAACUGAACUAAUAAUCAUGUCCUUUGAGUGUAGGAAGGGCAUCUGAUGGCAUAUUUUAAAGGUACGGUUUUUUACAGUCCAGCAGAUUUGGAAUACAUGUCACAGGACAAGAUAGUGCCUUCAGCAACAGGCAGGUCUUGCUUUUCAGCCAGGUUCUUUGUUCAUUUUUAUUCUUGCAUUGAGUUUACUGCUGAUGUGUGGGUUUGACUGUUUGUAGUCUCUUUCUCACGCGUCAGUUUCCAAGAUCUUUUGAAAGCUUUUUGUGUUGUAUUAAAAUAAAGUUCUUGCCUUAAGUAUUAGUUUGGAAAUGA